UCAUUCUGGAAAUCAAGUGUAAGGUCGAAUGACCCUGUGUAUUUCUGUACUUUAACAUUUUUGUGUUAACUUUAAUCAAGGACGACCACUUAAUGAGAGGGUUAAAGGAUUCCUGGCUUUCAUGAAACGAAGACAUUAAAAUACCGGUUGCUGAAAAGGGAAAGCAUAGACCUAAGACCAUAGACCCGUUGGAUGGUAUUUAUUCUUAUGACCUGAAAUAAUGAGUCAUAGAUGGACUCCAAAUACUUGGAUGAACGUAAGCAGAGCAUUUGUUAUGUGCCAAACACAUGCUCUGAAGUCAGCAGAUUCACUUCCCUUGUCUGGUACCUCUCACUGUAGGGUUCAUGUACAACACCCAGUUUGUUAUAAGGCUGGCUGCCUCCAAUGGAAGCACGUCCAUCACCAGAGGAUCAGAGGACGUAAAGGAUGGCUCUUUAAAGCUAACCAGGCUAGACAAAGGCUUGGGCUCCACACCAGCACCCUGUAUUUGAACACUUCAGCCUCACGUUGGUCCACUGGUCUGAGCCAACACAUGUCGCGCGUCAGGAACACAUUGGACACAGUUUCUAAAGCUGUGAGUGGGACACAUACAGAACUUCUAUCCAAAAUUGCCAGACUCAAACCUAAUGCUUUAAAGACUUUGAAUAAGGCUGAGGUCAGAGUUGAGUCAGUGGCAAAAGCUGAGGAGACAGCAAUCACAACUACUCAUGCUCCCCCAAAUGCUGCCCCUUGUUCUGCAUCUACUACACCCAAAACUAUAAUUAACUCAUCUCCUACUAGUCCUUCUGUUCCUGCUUCUGCUGCUGCAUUUGAUGCAUGUGCCACUACCUCCACUCAUUCUCAGAAUUCUACACAAGCAUCUGUCGCUGCCACAGUUCUGACUGUGCGAGAACUUAAGGAGAAAAGACUUAGGCGUGUUGUUCCAGCUGUCAAAGCCAGUUGUUCCAGAAAUGAAGAGGAGCUUAAACCUUCAUCAAAUGACACUGAGAACAAGAGCACAACUUCCAAACAAACCACAGCACUUUUCCAUCCCAGCAGCUUUUCAGUCAGCUUGGAUGAGACCUACAACUACCUGGCCAAUCAUAUCAACUCAUACUUUGGCAGCAGUUCAAAAACUCAGGACAACAAAGUGGACAAUGUUGACUAUUCCUCUACUUCCUCUCAGGGUCAACAAACUAAUGACCUCAUGUUACUGUCUGAUAAAAAGGACUCUGCUGCUCCUGUUAGCCCCGCUUCUUCUAAAAAGGGUUUAGGACACUACCUGUCCUACUCAGCUCCUACUGUGCAAGCCUUUGUUGGGAGCUACAUUGCUCCCCUGGUCCCUAAGUUCAGGACAGGAGAAUCCAAGAGUGCUACAGUGGAGGAGAAGAAGCUUGAGGAUGCAGCAGCGAAACAGGUUGAGGCCACAGUUAGUAAGGAGCAGAAGGCUGCAGAGGAGAAAGCAAAGAAACUUCUACUCCAAAGGGAAAAGAUCAUUGCCAGGGUGAGUGUGGACAGUCGAACUCGGGCUCUGGUCCAGGCUCUACACAGGGCGUCAGAUGUAAGGGUCUACAUCAACAGAGUGGAGGACCUCAGCUACCACCUCCUGGAGUUUCCAGAGACUCGUGGUGUUGCUGUCAAGGAGAAGGUUAUCCCUUGUCUUCUGCGUCUGAAGCAGGCCAGUGACCCAGGCCUGAGGGCGGCAGUUAGAGAAGCCCUCGCUCUGGUGGGCUACCAGAAACCUGUUAAAGGCCGUGGCAUACGGAUCCUUUCCAUAGAUGGAGGCGGUUUAAGGGGACUUCUCGCACUUCAGACUUUACACAAGCUGGAAGACUUAACCGGCAAACCCAUUUACAAACUGUUUGACUAUAUUUGUGGUGUCAGCACAGGUGCUAUCCUAGGGUUCAUGUUAGGUGUGUUCCAGAUCCCACUGAACGAGUGUGAUGAUAUGUACCGGAAGUUGGGCUCAGAUAUUUUCAAGCAGAACGUCAUUGUUGGCACUGUGAAGAUGGGCUGGAGCCAUGCUUUCUACGAUAGUGAAGCCUGGGAGAACAUCCUCAAGGAGAAAAUGGGUUCUCACCUCCUGGUGGAGACUUCAAGAAACCCCGAAUGCCCCAAGGUGGCAGCAGUGAGCACCAUUGUGAACCGGGGCACUCCUCUGAAGGCUUAUGUGUUCAGAAACUACAACCUGCUGCCUGGAGUGCGUUCACACUACCUGGGGGGCUGCCAGCACCAACUCUGGCAGGCCAUCCGAGCCACGUCAGCAGCCCCUGGAUAUUUCCAAGAGUUCACCCUGGGGAACGAUCUCCACCAGGAUGGAGGUCUGCUUAUUAACAACCCCACAGCACUGGCCAUCCAUGAGUGUCAGUGUUUGUGGCCUAACACGCCCUUAGAGUGUGUGGUCUCACUCGGUACAGGCCGCUUCGAAAACCCUGGCAAGAACAGCACCUCCUACACGAGUCUCAAAACCAAACUCACCAAUGUCAUCAGCAGUGCCACAGACACUGAGGAGGUUCACGCCAUGCUCGACGCCUUCCUCCCUCCCGACACUUAUUUCCGCUUCAACCCCUACAUGAGCGAAGACAUCUCCAUGGAUGAAAACCGACAAGAGAAGCUCAGCCAUCUGCAGGCUGAGGGCGUCCGCUACCUGGAGAGGAACGAGGAAAAGCUGAAGAAGGUCAGUCGCAUCCUCACACGAGAGAAAAGCUCCGUCCAGAGGAUGGCAGAGUGGGCCAGGCUCAGGGCUGACAUGUACAGUGGCCUGUCCUUUUACUACUCUAAGUAAACAAGUAUACAAGUCACCUUUACCUCACAUGAAAACUCUUCCUUUAUUCUAAAUUGCCUAGAAUAUGUCAUGUUACCAUGAUUAGUGUGUCAUUGUUGUUGACUUCUCGUCCUGUAGCUUUGAUAAACAUUGCUUAAACGCACAAAUAGGUAAAGUAUCCUACAGGCCAAACUCUACCUUCCUCCUCACUCACACUUCACACUCAGACAGUGAUUUUAGUGAUAAUGUGUUUGGCAGUGAAAAAGCAUCUGUUUGCCACUGUGGUUGGCUGCACUCAGCUUAGCACUGUUGCUUUCAAAGAAGAUGUGUUAAAUGUCGUGUGGAUUUGGGAACUUCCUGAAGAGACGCUGUCAGUCUUGUAAUCAAAUGUGUCUUGCAUGAUUAAAGGAAUAGUUUGACAUUUUGGGGAACCGUGCUUCUUCACUUCCUUAGCAAGCGUUAGAUGACAAGAUCGAUACCACUUUCAUGUCUGUACGGUGAAUAUGAAGCACAACGACUAGAAACAGGGGAACACAGCUAACAUGGCUCUGUCCAAAGGUAACAACAUCUUCCUACGUAGCUGUUUCCCUGUUUCCUGUCAUGCUAAGCUAGCCUAACCAGCUGCCAGCUCUAGCAUACAGAAAUGAGCCCGGUAUCGAUCCUCUCAUCUAACUUUCAGCAACAAAGCAUCAUAUUUAUUAUUAAGAAAUAAGUACAUUUCCUAAAAUGUCAAACUGUUCCUUUAAAAAGCAGCAUACUGUAAAAAGUUUUACAGUAGCCAGGAAUGGUUUUUCUAGACUGUUUUUCCAAGGCGAGAACCUUUUUAACCUUUUUCUGUCCUUGGAACGAUUUGUUAUGACAACCAGUAUAUCCUCAUAAACCCAGGUUUGUACUUUCGCAGAAAAAUAUGUGUUGUUGAAAAAAUGUAUGUAUUUGUUCAGCUAAGCUGCCAUCAUGUAACACUGUCAAACAGGAAUGUAAAGAAAGAAAACAUCUUACUUUUUUGUAAAAGGCCUAACCAAGGUCAAUCUGACAUUUCUCAGUCGUAAUGACUAAAACUUGCACAUUUAACAAUGCAGCUACUGUAUGCAGCUAUGUAUUGAUAAUUGUAACAUCAGUACGUGAGGACCCACUUGAAGCGUUACUGUAUUACAUAUAUUGUAUGUAAAUGCAUGUUAUAUUUAGAUUUUAAAUACAAAGACAAAUCAGUAUCUAGUAAAAAACUGAAAAAAAUGUAAGCUGCAAAGAUUUAAUCCAACAUUUAAUUCUAAUUCACCUAUAAUGAUUAAUAAUAAAUAUAGCAAUGAAUAAAUAUGGAUAGCAGAUAUGUAAUUUUUAAAUAAUUAUCCAAAUGGAGCCUCACUGUCAUAAGGAUGUACUGUUGUGUAUUAUUUUAGCCUAAAAGUAUUUUAGUUGAGUUGUUUCAGAAGCUUUUAUCAUUGUGUGCUUGAUUGUUUGGUUUUAUGGAUUCCCCACAGGCAGUGCACAUUUUCUGCUCUGUCUUCAGUGUGCCCUCUUUCCCUUUGAUGCCUCUUCUCAAAAGCCUCUUUCACCCUUUCUACCUUGAAGUGCUGUGUUUUAGUCUCCACUCUGCUGUACUAUAAUGUUUGCUGAAAGAGAUUGCUGCUUAUUGAUUUGUCAUGGUUGAAAAUGAUCCCGUGUUGCUGUGUCUUGUGCUUUUUAAAAACAAAAUGCACUGCAAAUGUUCAUUUCCAUGCCUAACCUGGUCAAGUACUGUAUAACCUAAGGUAAAAUGGACACAGAUAUUAGCCAGAUUAAUGUAAUUCCACUCUUCUCCUGUUGGUCCCGCGUAAAGACUAUCUGAGAGCGUAUGUAAUUAAAACCCAUCACUGAACCUCGCUGCAUCUUGCCUCCUAAUUAUAUGAAGAUUAGCUGAUUGCGAUCUGAGGAAAGCUGCUGUAUAUAUUGUGAGGAAGAAGGGACGUGUUAAUAUUAAGUUGAUAACUUGUACUCACAACUGCAUAAUUAUUUCAACAGAGAUCUGGACUGAUAUGCAGCCUCACCUCAGUUUCCAAGGUGGCUUGAUUAGCGCCAAAUUCUGAUGCUGCCAGUGUCUCUCUUCCUUCUAACUCAAAUAUAUGUUGUUGUUUUUUGUUUCUGACUGUGAAGGGAGGGGUGUAUUUUUCAGUGGAAAGUUAAUUUGACGGCCCAUCCCUGAGCUGUCUGUCAUAAAAGCGAGGAAGGUGAGAUGAGAUGACUGUGCAAGGCUAUGCUCAGGCACCUGGGUAACAGCCCCAGCCAGUGAUGGAUCACAUUUCCCUCCAGCAUAAACACCUUACACUGACACA